GGAGUUUGAACUUUGACCAGGCACAAAGACUACAUGGGAUAAGUUCACUUCGCUAACAUAGGACAGAGACUUUUGCGCUGCUUAUUUAUUCUCAUUUCAAGAAUAAGCUUUUUGAAGGUUGUUCAUAUUUUGCCAGUCUUCGGCUGACAAAUGGAGCAUUACUCAAAUCCAGGUUGUGAUGGCAUUGACUUGUUGGAUUUGCUGUUUGAUAAAAAUGAUGGAAUCCUUCGUCAUGAGAAAAUAGAUCGCAGCAACCAACCAUUGCCUGUUGCGGAGCCUAGUCUGUUGAUCCAAUCACAAGGCACUGAGGACUUCCUGAGUGCUUUGUUGAGUGGGCCUGACACGGGGUCCCCCCAGUGGUCCCCCUCUCGUAGUGAUAGCGGGAUCAGUGAGGAUCUCCACUCUGAUCACAUGGACAGCCCCCUGCCACCUCAGAGUCCCCUGCUCGAGUCCCAGUACAUUCACCCUCUACCUCAUCCCAAGCCCCUGGACCCUAUGGAGACAGAUCUUCCCAUCGAUCUGAAUGGCUGGGAGACUGGCUUGUUCCAGGGUAAAACAGACAAGAUGCUCCAUGGGUCUCCGGAGCAGAGGAGCCAGCUGUCCUCUGGUUUUCCCUUGAGUGUGAAGGAUCUGCUCCUCUCUGGCAAGACUGAACCUAAUUGCUGUCAGCAACCACAGGCCUUGCAGCAGUCCGUUCAAGAGCUGAUUUUGAAUGAGGACGAGAGGAAACUGCUUGCCAAAGAGGGCAUGAUGCUACCUGCCCAACUUCCUCUCACCAAGUAUGAGGAGAGAAUUCUGAAGAAAAUAAGGAGAAAGAUCCGCAACAAGCAGUCGGCCCAGGAGAGCCGGAAGAAGAAAAAAGAAUACAUUGAUGGGCUGGAGAGCAGGAUGGCUACAUGUACUGCACAGAACCAGGAGCUGCAGAGAAAAGUCUUCCAACUGGAGAAGUGUAACAUGUCUUUGAUGGAGAAGCUCCGGAGGCUGCAGGCAAUGGUCAUGAAUGGAUCUAAUAAAACUGCACAGACUGGUACAUGCAUACUGGUGCUUGUUCUGUCCUUCUCACUCCUCCUGUUCCCCAGUCUGAAGCCGUUCUCCGACAGCAAGGUCAGCCUGGAGGAGGACUUUGGCCCAGUAAGGGUUCAGUCAAGAUCCUUGCACAAUAUCCAUUCCUCUCGAGUGAUCUAUGCACACGACCAUCACUCCCCAAUACCAGAGGACACGGUGAUGCUGAAACCGCUUCCAGGAAACCAGCAGGUGGAUAAUGUUCGGUCGUUCCUGGAGAAACUCACCAUAGGACAAAGGCUGACGGAUUUCGACACCAUCCCUCACAACGAGAGCCUGCACGAUCAUCACCUCCAUCACCAUGGAGACCCCAUUACUGGCCAUACAGCCACGGUGACCUUGCGGGCUGUUGCAAAAAUCCGCCCGCAUGCUGAUGACAUGUGAAGACGAGACAUGUGAAGCCGUACCAACCGCAGCGAGAGAAUCACAGAGUCAUCGGGAGACAAACACAGAGGGAAAGAAGGGAGGAAUGAAAGAAAAGGAGACAGUGAAUUCUUGGUGUAUCUACAAUCAGCAAAGUUAUUUUUCUGUUAUACAGUUAUUUUGUUUCAUUAACUUUUUUCACAGCUAAACUAGUUGAAUUGAAUUUUAAUUCAGAGGUUCAUGUAAUGAAUUUCUGAAGGAAGGAGACAAAAUUAUGAGACUUAAUUUCUUGCUACACAAAUUGUCUCAUAUAAAUGGCAAUAAUGAAUCCAAAUGGAUAUUAAAUGUAAUCACCUGAAGAUAAAAGAAACGCAUGUUGAAAAUGCUAGGCAUUUUAAAUUAAUGUAUGUGAACCAUGGUUGACCAAGUCACUUAAUAAAUAAUUUGAUAAAGAA